ACGCAUGCGCAGCUGCCAUCUCAGGGCUUUGUGGGUAGCGGCCAUCAUGAAAGAAUCUGAAAACAGAACGAGGGUGUGAGAGAGAAUUGGAGAAGAAAAAAAAGUUAAGCGGAGGAAACAGUGCAGCCGGGAAAGGACUUAACAGACUCGAUUGAUUAUCGUUCUGAGGCACAAUGGAAGAAAGUUCACAUUACAUCACAAUGUGCACUCAUUGAUCAUUUGGGCUGUGGUUUACAGAACUGAUGAUGCUUUAGGAACCCACAGUAACGUAACACAUCUCAGAAUGUGUUAACUUGGUUUGCAAAAAGUUUUUAGAAAAGUUCUGCUGAAGAAUGAAUAUUGAAGACAAGCUUGAUCGGAUUUUUCUUAAAUGUGGCAGUAUAAAUGAAAUGCAGUCUUCCAGACCGCUGGUUGUGGUGGGAGGAGUCCCGGAUCAGCCCUCUGUACAUAUAGGAGCACAGGAAACCGUAUUAGAAGAGAGGGAAAUCUCUCAUGAAGAAAUUCUCCAACAAGAAACUGCUUUGCAGGAAAGUGCGCUCCCACAGGAGGAGCUUAUUUCACAUGAUGAACUUAUGAUCCACGAGGAAACGGUUAAAAAUGAUGAUGAUGAGAAUGAUGGACAUGAAAGACUCCCUCAAGAGUUAUCGUAUGAAUUAAAUGUAAAUGUAAAACAGGAAAUCCAAUAUGCUGAUGAAGCUGGACAACUGAAGAAAGAUAAAGGGCAACAAAAGGAACCAAUAGAUUUGCAAAAGAAGAAGAAACGGAAGCAACGUUCUCCAUCUAAGAUUCUAACGAUAAAUGAAGAUGGAUCACUUGGGCUAAAAUGCCUGAAAUCUCAUAUCUGUGAGCACUGUAAUGCUGCCUUUCGUACCAAUUACCACUUACAAAGACAUGUUUUCAUCCAUACAGGUGAAAAGCCGUAUCAGUGCAGCCAGUGUAGCAUGCGGUUCAUUCAAAAAUAUUUGUUGCAGAGACAUGAGAAAAUUCAUACUGGUGAAAAACCAUUUCAAUGUGAUGAAUGUGACAUGAGGUUCAUACAGAAAUAUCAUAUGGAGAGGCACAAGCGCACUCACAGUGGAGAGAAACCAUAUCAGUGUGAAUACUGCCACCAGUAUUUCUCCAGGACUGAUCGUGUAUUAAAACAUAAACGCAUGUGCCAUGAAAACAGAGAUAAAAAACUGAAGUGUGCAUUGAAGAUGGGCGAAUUGGGAGGAGAGGCGGAAGAUCCAAGCAUUUCCUUGCAACAUAAAGAUAAUCCAAUACCACGGAAAAAGAAGCAAAAAGCAGGAGAAAAGUCCAGGUCUUCUGUUCCUCUUGCUGAUAAAGAGUGCGCGGUAGAAAAAUUAGACCAGAAAAAAGAUGAAACUGAGAAUGAUUACUCGUCACUGUAUAGCGUUGCUUCAAAAGUGAAGGAUGAAUAUAUGGUGACUGAAUACUCUGUUGAAAUACCACAUUCAUCCAACAGUGGUGACCCUUUAGAAAGUACAGUUGGAGACAUCCAUCCGCCAAAAUUGGUCAUCAAGAAAGUUAGCAGUAAAAGAAGUCAGAAACUAGAGUUGGAACCAAGUCAGGCUAUGUCAGCAUUAUCCACAUAUGAAGAAAAUAAAGUUACUAAAUAUACAUAUGAACUUAUUGAUAAACCAGGUCUUCUGGAUUCUGAGGGAAACCAUGAUAUUGAUCAGGUAGAUUCCUUACAGGAAGUUCCUAGUAAACCUGUGCAUAGCAGUAACAAUUAUGAUGAUGCAAUGCAGUUUCUAAAGAAGAAGCGCUAUUUGCAAGCAGCAAGUAAUAAUAGUAGAGAAUAUGCCCUGAAUGUAGGCCAGAUAGCAUCACAGCCAUCUGUGACCCAGGCUGCUGUGGCUAGUGUCAUUGAUGAAAGUACAGCAGCAUCUAUGUUGGACUCUCAAUCAUUGACUGUUGAAAUAAAGAACAGUCAUGACAAAAGUGGAAUUCCUGAUGAGGUGCUGCAGACUCUUUUAGACCAUUACUCUCAUAAAGCAAAUGGACAGCAUGAAAUGGCUUUUAGUGUGGCUGAUACAGAAGUGGCAUCAAGCAUGUCAAUAAACACUUCAGAUGUUGCUGAGGUUGCCCAGACCGAGAGAGCUAGUGCAAGUUCUCAAUCAACAUCUUCAGACAAAGCCAGUAUGCUCCAUGAAUAUUCAAAAUUUCUCCAGCAAGCUUUGGAAAGAACAAGUCAGAAUGAUGCAUAUUUACCCAAUCAGACCCUUACUUUUGGAACUGACAGUCCUUCCCUUGCAAGUCAACCAUUGUUUUCUUCCAUGACUUCAAUGACAAUGCAACGUGGCUUUAGAUCAAGCAUGAAUUCACCAUUGCGAACAACAUCUGAAAAAUCUCACUAUGGUUUAAUGGUUGGCGAGUCCCAACACUCCUUUUCUUUUUCAAGCGAGGAGACAAAUCAUAGUUCUGUCUCAGCACAAGAAUUCUUGGAUCAGAUGACAUCUCAAAAGAAGGUAGAAGCUCAGCCUGUCCAUCAGGCCUAUCAAAUAGGCACAUUUGAGCAGACAUUCAGAGCUCAGUACCAGAAUGUAAGGGCUGGUGUGCCUCCCCCAUACAGUGCUGCCAAUGGACAAGUAAACUUGAGAGUACGUGGGGGUAGUGCAGAGUUUUCAGAAUUUCCCUUAGUGAGUGUGCCAGAAGGAAGAGCUCAAAUGACUGCUUCACCAGAUGCUGCAGCUAGUCAGGCCUUUGGAUAGUAGGAAGCUGUAAUCUUUGUAAUGUAAUUGAGGCUAGCACUUCAAAAUGACAAUUCUUGUAUUAUGUGCUGCUCUGUAUAGGAUGGAGUGCUGUAUAAUCAGUAGUCAAUGCAGUUUUGAUUCAGUUUAAACAUUUAUGCAGAAGCAUCAUAAACUAGACCUUUCAUAUGCCAAAACACCAUUGCACUCCAGUGUGACACUGUUUAAAAACAUAUUUUCUUUGUAUACCUCAGCCAUGCAUGACAUGUCCAAGGUUAUUGUCUUGUGGCAGGGGGAACUGUUGUUUAACACUGAUGCUGUUGCUUUGCUUCACCUUUUGACAUGCCCCAAGUAUUUUGGCACUUUCUAAAGGAAAAAAAAUCCGUCACUUCCAUUUGAAGGAUGUAACCAAACAAAUAUGUUGGUUUAUUUGGAUUUUCUUUAAAUUUAUGCACUUUUCACCUCUGAUUUACUAAGUUCAUAAACAAAAACUAAGCAUUUUGUUUGUUUAUAUGUAGAAGAAUAUUUUAAAGAGUAAUUGGAACAUAAUUUUGACCUAACUUGCAUCUUCUUUUCCUGUGAGGAAGCCCACAGAAUUGAUGAGUGGGAGCAAAAUGGUAUUCCACAGUUAUCCACUGAACAUUAUAUUUAUACCAUGAAUUUAAAAAAGAAAUUUUAUUUAUUUUAGAAUGAACAUGUGGGAAUUUAAGUCAGUGAGGACUGGUUUAAGCACAAAGGGUGCUUUAAAACUUACCUAGACAUGAGAUGCCGAUUUCAACUCUUCAAGAUGUUGGGCUGCCUUAUUAAAAAGAUAUAGUUUAUAUCCCUAUUUUUGUAUGCUUAGUGUAUAAAACCAUUUUAUGUUCCCUUGUAGAAAAUAUACCUGUUAAUUUAUAUUGCAAUAUCUCUCCAUUAUCUGUAAAAUACUCUGUCUGCACAGCAAUGUUUCAGAAUUAUAUCAUAAAACUUAUCUGUCAUCCUACAAAAUAUGUUUCCAAUUUAUUAAAUGUUCUGUAAAUGUGAUUUUGUAUGCUAUGGCAUGAUAAGUUUUAAAGAUUGGAUUAACUAUUGAAGAUUUUAAUUUCCUAUUCAAUUGCAUGAUACAAAUACUUGUUUAACAAAUUUUCUACAAUUGAGUCAGUGAUUAAAAAUCUUUCUUGCACACUAUUACAUUUUCUUCUAAUAUGGAGAAAUACAAUAGCCAGCAUAUUGUUUUAGAGUCAGCAAUUUAUUCACUGGUUUUGGGGCAAAACCUCUUCACAUUGAGAGUGACAGCAUUGGUCAAAAUUCUUGCGAUUUGUAUGGUUUGGAUAUGUUACUGAUCAGUGCAACCUUCGAGUUCCAUGACUUGCUUUAAGAAUGUUUCAACCAAAGAUGUAAAUGUUAUAUUUUUUAUAUUUAUAUCGUCUUUGUAGCGUUUGAAACAUUCUAAUAUUUACUGAUGACAAAGGGAGGAAGGAGGAGGAAUUAUGGUAAAUGAUGUCCAGCGGAACUCUUGAAUACCGUUAUAGCCUUUUUGAAAUUUAUAAAUGUCUGAUAUAACUAUAGUGAAUGCACUUCAAGUUCAUAUAUUGGACAUGCAGCGCUUUGAGAUAGAUGUAAUGUGGUACUAUAAAAAUAUAAAUUCUUUAUGCCCAUGUGGAGUUUAACUGAGACUAAAGCAUUGUGUGUAUGCAGUAGUUACAGGUGUGUUAUGUGUAGUAGUACAUUUCAGAAAAGCUCAUGUCUGUUUCUGCUGUCCAUUAUCUUUUCUUCAUUUUUUCCAAAUCUGUCUGUGGGAAACCACCAAUCACAUAUUGGCAACUUAAUUAUCCUCUUUUUCAACUUUCAACAAUGUUAGCUACCCAAAGAAACAUAGUGCUGUUAGCAAAAAGAAAUACUUAUCCUAUUUUACAGCAGAUGUACAAACCUCUAGUGUAUCAAUGAGCACAGAAGUCUCCACAUUGUGCUCGUAAUGACAGCAAGGCCAAGAGAAAUGCUGACUCUGUUCAUGAGAGUUUUCAGAAUAAAAAUAGAAAAUGCUGGAAACAGCUGAGCUGACAGCAUCUGUGGAGAAAGUUAACAUUUCAAGUCUGUGAGCUUUCAUCAGAUAUGAAAUGCUAACCUUUUGUGUGUGUGUGUGUCUCUCUCUCUCUCUGGAUAAUGUCAGAUUGAAUGUGAGUUUCCAGCAUUUUUUAUUUUUAUUUCAGAUUUCCAGCAUCUGUGGUUAUUUAAUUAACAUAUUUAAGUUUGCAGAGCCCAGAUUUAAAGCCUAGUUUGUAAUUGAGCUAGUUACAUGUGGUAGGUUUUCACUGAAUGGACCAAAUGUGAAGGAUGUCUCAGUUGAGAUUUUGGGGUAAAUGAUAAUUGAUCUACAUUAAGCAGUCACAUUUACUUUGUAAUUAUAUGUUUUUAAGUAUUAACUUUUUUUCUCAACCUUGAAAUUUACAUCAGUGUGGUAUCCAAUACUAUUAUUUAAAAACACAUGAGGCAACUGCAGUAUUGUCAUAAUAAAAUGUUGUACUGCUACAACAGUGACGCAGCACAGUUUUGAAGUGCUGUGUACAUUUUAUUGCCCAUGAAAUUCAUCUUGCACUGAACACUGCUUCAAAUCAGUACAAUAAGUUAUUUUUAAAUUCCUACCGAUAUUAAUGAUAACUGAAAAAGCAGUUAAGUCUCAAUGAUUUCACGUGAUUUAUGCCCUCUAAAUGUGUUUAAAAUCACCAUGUCUGAUUAGUUCCCCUGCUUUUAUUCUAGCUUAUAGCAUACAUAAUAAAAAUGCAUUGCUCUUUUUACCAUACUUCAGAAUGAAUAACAUGUACAAUGUAUUUUCAAAAAAAGUUAAAACCUGCACUUUUAAAAUGCUUUCAUUAGAUCAUAUGAGAGAAUGUACAGUAAAAUGAUUUUCAACCUGCAAUCCAAAACCUUAUUUCAGCUUUAUAGUAUUCAGAAGUUCUUACAUAAUUAUAUCCAUUAAAGUAUCUUCUAAUAGAACUGCCAAUGUGUUGGAUAGACAACAUGUAAGUGUGAUUCUUUACAGUUGAUCUAGUGAUCUAAGCUGGUAAUGGCCUGGGUACUUUUUAGUGUAUAAUUGAAUCUUCACUGAUUACAAAUAUGGUUUCAUUCAAUAUUCACUUUUAUGGCUCUUUUUAUUGAAACAAAUGCAUUCCGAGAAUGAAAAGUUAUAUGUAUUGGUGCAGGAUUUUUGCAAAUAUCUAUUUUAAUGUGCACAUUAUUUUGUUUUCAUUUAUGACCCAGUAUUUUAGCAUGAACUGUUGAGAUUUUGGAUGAGGAUGGGGACAAAGCGCAAACCUGACAAAGUAAUUUAUUGUAACCAUAAGAUCAAAAAUUGAUUAAACUGAAACAAUGUUUAAGGGAAGUACUCUUCUUCUUGUAUAAUUACUUAGACAAUUUAUUUUUCUGUUGAACUUGGGGUUGAAAUGGAAGGGAAUCUUACUACUAUGGCAGAGGGUAAACUUGAAAUUGUAUUUGAUAUUCUGGUAUAGUGGAAAUUCUAGAAGUACAGUCCAAAUUUAUAACUCUAUUUUGUCUAAAGCUUAGUUUAUGUACAUAAUUAGACUACAGCUGUCCACUACUUUCCCAUCUAUGAUGGGUAGCGAGAGAUUGACACUGCAUAUCUAUACAGAGCAGCAAAAUGAAUAACCAUUAACAUAGGUAAAACCGCAUCAAAUUUAUAAUAGCAGUUGCAUAGACUUUAUGUUAUGUUAGCCAUUUAUACAGAGAUGGAUUUGCCAAGUGAAAGUUUAUUCUGGUCUCUUUUAGUACACUGGUCAUUUUUAUACGUAAGCUUGCUUUUCUAUUCGUGUAGAAAUGUUAACUAGAGAGAUCAGUUUUGAAGUAAAUUGUAAAAGUUAAAUUUGUUAAAAAUUCUGUUGGGCACAGCCUAUGUACAAAAAUAUUUACCCUUUUUUGUUCAUUUGUUCACUACUCCACAAUCAAGUUGAAUGGGAGACUUUGUGUUUAUAAGUGUCAGCAAAUCUGUCAGGCUUUGUUCGCCCCACAUAAAACUUGUUCAUUUAACUUCAGUAUCUUAACAUUCAGGUUUUAAAUUCUGGUGUGCAAAUAUUUGAGGAAUGGAUUUAUCAGUACUACAUACUGAUACAGCAAGGUUGAUUUGCAAUGUGUGAUCAAAUACUGUGUAGAUAUGUAAUAAAGCAAAAUCCUACAAUAUGCUUUAAACAGUUAUCAAACGAUAUACAGUACUUUCUAAACUGUGUAUGAGAGAAAUUGAAAGUAUCACAUUUUUGUCUUUAAGAGUCUUUUUAAUGCAUAGUUAUAAAUAAAUGUUCAGAAACAAGUUAUUAUUGUUGGUCUUUAUUUAAUUAAAUCAUGGUAAUGAGUGACAAUAUUUGAGGAUAGGGAAUGCACCAAAUUUUGAAGAAUUCUGCUUGCAAGAAAAUAUUUGGAUUUGUAACACUUGUGUUUGAAAUCCACUUGUUCUCAUCUGACUCCACAUCUGUGACAGUCUUUUUAAUCACUGUUCGAAGAUGUUUUUCCUGUACGUUUUCUUUAGAUUGAAAUCAAGACAUAGGACAUUUAUUUUUAUUUGCAAAAUGUCAUUGAAUUAGUAUCAAAACUUUUAUGAAUUUACAUGAUCAUUGAGUGUAUUUUUUAAAUUGGUGAUGCCCUUUUUGGGAAUGCCAAUUUGUAAUUUUACUGACCAUGUUCUGCAUAAAAAUAAGCCUAGUUCUCAAAAUUCAAGUUUUUUUUCAGGAAAUGAAGUAGUGAAUAUAGUUGUAUUUUUAUACAAUUCUCCAGUGAAUAACCUUCCAAAGAUACACUGGUGCUCCAGUAAUAUAAUGGAUUAGGAGACUGUUUUGUCACAUCGAUUUGUAGUGUCAUUAAAAUGGGAACAAUGUCUUUUGAUAGAAAAAAGUAUGUGACAUGGGUUUAGAGUUGUAAGUUGUAAAUGGGAGGAUGCACUUUCUGUGCUUGCACAGUGAAGAGUGGUAGUGUUGGCUGUGUGCCAAAUGGAAGUGGUGUCCCAAAUGGUGUAUUUUGGGAUUAAUGUAAGGAAAGCAUUACCCACGUGAAUUCCACCGAAAUUUCAUCCUGCAUGUUUCCAAUCCACCCAGCAUCACAACUAUCCCCUUGACGUACAGUGUUCCUCAGACAGGGGUGCUAAUGGAAUCCUGAGAUCCACACUGGGUCCCAUACGCUUCAGGCUAUCUCAGAGCUGUUCACCCCCGCCCCGAAACACACACACAUACAGUUCCACUUCAUUCUUUGGCUCCGACAAUGUUUUAACGAGAAACUGUUUUUCUUCCUUUCAGGUAUUAAGGAAUCUUCCUCCCCUUUCCCCCUGACUCUAUCCCUUGCUCCAGCCCCAGCUCUUGUCGAAUAUUUACAAUUCCUUCCUCUCUCUGAUGCUGUUUGAUUCGUAUUCAGCAAAGGACUUAGUCUGCCCCCUUAUGUCCCUAGCUCAAUGAAUCUCGGGCGCGACAAGAAAUAUCGAAUUCUUUUUCUGUUAGCUGUAUUCGGCACCUGGGUUGUGCCUGCAGUUUUUUUUUUGCCUUUUACGUUUGACAGGGCUUGCCCCAACUCUGACGGUACGAUGCAGUUAAUGAAGAUUAGAUUUAGUUGCAAGGCCAGUUUAACUGGAAGGUGUGGUGACAUCAGACUGACAGCUACUUCCUUGUACAUAUUUCUAAGAACAGAGGUGGCUUAAGGGUCAACUGGAGGACUAGGUUUGAACGUAAUUCAAACGCUUGGGUCGCGCCUUCAGUAGUCGAGUUUGGAAAAGACCAACCGUUUUGAGGUUGAAUCACUUGCUUUCUCUUGUCAAUGUUACACGAAGUCCGACGUGGGAAAAGAACCGGUAUCGGGAAAUGUGGACUACCAGUCCCCAAAAUAUCCGAACUGAGUUUAUUAAAGCCAGUGCUCACAAUACCACAGGUAUCGACACAGGUUACCUCCAGGCAGUUCACGACUAAGUCAGUCGUGGGGCUGCAUAAACUGUGUUUGUAGGUCCGUACGUGCGGUUAAAUAUCCGAAACUGUCGAGAUAGCCGGCCGUCAAGCUUAAAAUGAUCGAUAUUUUUUCUAAGAAAGAACACUUGCAAUUAUCAAUCAGUCGCCAGGUUCUUGGCAAAUUAUUACGUGGCAGUCAACGGAGCAUUAGGAAGAGCAGUGAGAGGCUGCCCUGGCAAAUGAUCCGAUUCGGGGGCUGCUGAUAUCUUUCCUGUGGCUCUGAACUCACAGGAACCUCUCUCCUUUCUGAUCGGCCUCCUGGAGCGUCCACUGGAUUUUUUUUUAACGAAUUCAGCGGAAACCAGCAGAUUGAGCCGGACGGCAGCGAGCGAGAAAUGAAAAGGCAGAAGCGCAUUUAUUUCUGUAGCUCUCAUUUCAGAAUUUAAAGCACUUGCUCUAAAUUAAACUUCCCGUCAGGAGAAAACCGAGGCGACCUUCGCUGGGUUAAAAGAAAGGGAGAGCUCUGAAAGUUUGACCGUCUCGAUAGGAGUAAGUGAAAGCCAACUUUGCAUACAUGGAGCGUGUUUUACUGGUCACCAACUUUCCCAUUUUCCUUUGAGAACGCUUCAAACUGUGUUUGCUAAGGGAGUGAGAAAAGGUGUUACCCGGAUCCGGAUGCAGAAAGUUUGUUGCUUUUUAUUUGCUGGCACUCUGCGCUGCAGUUAGUGCCAGCCAAGUCUUGUUCCAGAAUUUAUCACAUGCCUGUAAAUCUCGAACAGAUUCGAUUGGCAGGAGAACGUCAAAGGGGCACUGCCUUCCCUGAAACAGAACAAAGGUAC